AAAAGGAAAGUCGACUUAAGUGCAACAAUGCGAGGAAACGUGCGUGCAGUAAGUAAAUAAACCCUCACUAUUGAUAUCAGCUGAGAAAACUGUUUACCUUUUGCCCGCUGCUUAGGAAGCAAACCAGGCCUUAACAAAGACUUCGUCGUUCUCCGAUUUGUCAAUUUAGAUGCAAUCCCAAUCUCACAGGCUUAUAAAAAGGGCGGGCAUGAGCUGUGCUAAUCAUAUUUCUUUGCGAACCAGCAAAGACAGUGCCCAAAAUGAACUCUCUAAUACUGGUCCUGUUUCUUGGAGCUACCGCCGCUUUCGCCGAGACCCAUGUUAAAAAUGAUCCACCCCAUAAAGCGCCCCCGCCCAGUCUUGGUAAGCUUGAAUAGUUUGCUUUAUAUAUGUGUUUCGUUCCCAACUUGUGGUAGCAAAUUCUAAGGAAAAUUCUACUAUGAACAGUGUGAUUUACCCACUUGUUUUCUUAAAUUUUUCGAUGAAGAUUCAGUCGUCUCCAUUGAGUUUAUUGAUGGUUGAUAGUCUUUUAAAGGAGUCUUAAGCCUUGGAAAAUUUUUCGAAAUGCUUCUAAAAUCGUCCGUUUUAAUCCACCAGACAGCCUUGCCAAUUAGCUUGUUAAUCAAGACGUUUAGUGAUGUUCUAAUAUUCAGUUAACUGGUAGGAACAUAAUCUCACAGUGACACCCUAGUUGUCAGGCAGAUUAGUCCGGAGAUCAAGAUAGAAACUAAGUUUGUGAAAAUAAUGAGAGUUACACCAUUAACCUUCUUUUUGCAGAAAAAGUGCAAGGAAAAAUGCAUGAAGCCAACGAAGCCGGGCGAACUAGCUGACGAGGAAAACGAUCCUCGAGCUCACCGUGAUAAUCAUCAUCCUUCUUUACCGCCUAAAGUGCGAAAGUGUAUCCAUGACUGCCUCGAGGAACAUAAACCAUCAAAACCGCCACCGCCACCAACAGAGUCGGGCAAGGUAGCUGACGAGGAAAACGAUCCACGCCGCGCUCGUUCUUCUGGCCCUCUCAUGUACGACGAUUGUGUACCCAGGUCUGUAGUGUGCUCGGCAAGUUUACCGGAACUUAUGGCGCUUUGUCAGUGAGGGCCAGAUGCCUGAAGCGCCUUAAGUCCAGCGGUAGACCAUUCACCAGGCAACCUCGUCCCACGAUCAUAUCUCAAUUCAUGACCGCAUAAUUCAGGCAUGUGUAGUUGUUGUAGGGGAUCAACUACAAAGACAGGAAAAUAAAGCAUUGAAAAAGUAUCCAACUUGUGUAUUUAAUGAGCUAUAUGCCAUGUAUCUCCUAGCUAAGGAUUCAGCUUAUAUAGUGAAAUAAGUGCCUGCUAUUUUAAAGAAAUUCGUCUCGAAAGAAGCCCAAAACUUGACUUUGAAGGCCGCCAUUUGGAAACUGUUCGUGGCAGCCAGGUCCUGAUUAUGUGAAAUUAAUCAUUCUGUCCGACUUGAAACUGGCGGGAAGCAGAAAAAAGCUGCAACUGACUUGGCA